UGGUUUUUUUAGUAUUUCAAUUUAUUUGCAAAAAAUAAAGUACUAAAAUUUCUAUAAAAAUGCUGGGCCGCCGCUCAACCCACUGCUCACCCUGCUGUCAAAGCAAGCAGCGCCCUUAAAAUAACGCAAGAAGCAGACCUGGAAGGCUGCUGACGCCAGGACAGCUGCUGACAUCGAGAAAGGGGUCAAAAAAACGAAAGCGGAAGCGGAAGAAGCGGGACAGUCGGCUCCCUUACAUCAACGAUCUGAUGUGUGACGACAUCCUCAGCUGGAUUGGCCAUGCUGUGUUUAUUGACCCCCGGCAGGCGCGAGCUGAUGCUGUGUGACACGGCUUCAAAGUGUUCCUAAUCGACAAGCCCUUGACAUACAAGUUUUGCAUGGCAUGCCAUUUCGAGAUGUAGAAACAUCACCGGGUUGCUCAAUUCGCGCAAAAAUCGGCAAGGCCAAUUACAAGGCCAAUCCCAAGAGCACAGAUGGCGGCACCGCAACUGAUGCGCCACAGCCUGUUGGUUACCUGUCAGCCAACAAUCAUUGGAACUUAUGGCACCAAGUGUGGAUGAUGGUCAAAGGGCAAGAGAUACACAGCGUAAGAUCCGGCAGCAGGAGAAACACGACAUGCUGGACAGACCAGCAGUGGGGACAGCAACUUCCAGUCUCGGGAUGUGGGCCAACCGAGCUCGUCAACAAAAUCAUCGAGAAAAGAUCCCUUGCCACAGCCUGCUGUGGUGCACCAACGAGACAUGCCUGCAGACCUGGAAUGCCGAUCGAUGAUGUUAUAUGCCAAUUGACUGCAACAGCAACGAGGAAAAGCCGAGAGGUGUCAUGGCCAAGCAGUACAUCAGCGAAUUGGAGAAUGCUGGCGCGUACUACGCUGCAGCGACGCCUUCUGAGUCCAGCCGAGAUCCUAUCCAACAAAAGAAGAGAUGAGUGCAGAAUCAAAAACUUAUACUCUAGCGACAGCUAUUUCUGCAACACAGCCUGAACACAAUUAUCCAUUCAAGCUCAAGCUCUUCGCUGAUAUUAAUCCCCAGGCAGCCAAUUAAAAAGGUUUACUUUCGAAAACCCCAUGCAUAAAAAUAAAUGAGAGCGAUGAC